AUGCUGACAAAGAAAAUUGGAAAAGCUCCUAAAGGAAGAAAACAUAAGAAAAUCAAAGCCAUCGACCCUUUUUAUCACGGCGAAAGAAAAAAUAUUUAUGAUAAAAAAUUGUUAAACAAAGCCCCCAGAGAUGAUGACGACAGUCAAUUCCCUGGAAAACUCAGGGAGAUUUUGCGACUUAAAGAAGAAUUGAAGAAUAAAAAGCAGAAAAAAUCGGAACGAUCAGACUCUGAAAGGCCAGCAUCAAUCAGCAAGAACAAAUAUAUUCCUGUUCCAUCUGCUGAAACGUUUUGGCCCAAACCAGAGAAGAGGGCAUCCAAAACAGAUGAGUCAAACCAAAAUGGAGGAGUGAAGCCAUUGUAUGUUCCUGAAGGACAAAAAGACAAUGAGACUGCUGUUGCAUACCUGAGGAGGACAAAUGAAGAAUUGUCAGAUGUCUUUGAGAAAACUGUUCUUUUCAAAAAAUAUGGUAUUGAUUUCACAGACAUGAAUUCAGGGAAAAUGGAAAAAUUGUAUGGCAUGAAUGAUAAAAAGCGGAAUCGAUUAAAGGAAAUUGCAAAGGAAAAGAAAAGACGGAAAUUAGAAAAGAAAAAUGAUAGCCAAUCAGGAUUUGAACACCUGACAGAUAAUGUAGAUUUUGGUGAAGUGGCCAUGUCCCCACCAGAGAAGUUAGCUAAACCAAGACAUGCAGAUUCCACAACACUUUCAAAGCCUGGUAAAAAGGAACUUCUUUUGAAGAAUGUUAUAAAAGAGAAUUCCAAAGGCCCAACUGCACCACUUCCCAAGACUGCAACAAAGAAAGAUAAAUAUACUUUGACCAAAACCGUCAAAUUAAAACACCUGCCUCCUGUUAAACAAACCAUGUUGAAUGCCGAACGUGAAAGAGUUGUUCAACUUUACAAGGAAAUGAAAAAGAAAAACAGAGAAAACAAUAAAUAA